GCGCCCACUCCUGUCAGCGGGGCUCGCAUGAACAGGCAAAGUGCUUCUUCAUGCUCACUAUUGUUGCUCAUCCAUUAGCUGAAACCCAGCAGGAGUUUGUAACAAAAAUAGCUGGAAAAUCUCAGCAGGUCUGACAGCGACAGAGGGGGGGAGGGGGACAGUUAACAGUUCGAGUCCGUUGUGACUCUUCACCAGAACAGAGAGGAGUUUGUAACCCCAGUCAAACUCAGAAUAAAUGCUGCAAAGUUAGUGACUUUGGCGAGCAGAUGCAUUUUCCUUUUUGGAUCCCGUUACUUCAGGAAGGGAGGUGUCAAAUCAGAUUAUUUGAUACAAUUUAAAUAGCGCCAGGCAUGAAGUACAUGGAGACCUAUUUUUGAAAUACUUCCCAUUAAUGACUGAAAUUGAGAUGGGCUGGUUGAUUCUAAUCAGGUUGGGAUUUUGUUUUAAACAGUGGAUUGUUGGAACGUUGGAGUAGCUCAUCAAUAAGUGAUGGAGGCCGACACCACAGUAGCUUAUGAAUAUGAAAUAGAUAAAUAUUUGAAAAGACAUAAAUAAAAGAUAGUGGAAUGGGACUAGGUACAUGCCUCUUUCAGAAAAGCAGAAUUGGUGUAAAGGACCAAAGGAUCUCCUGUAUAGUGAAGUUCGAACCUUCUUUCGCAAAUAUCUGCUCUGCCCUGCAAAUGUGAUAUUUCUUGGCUUAAGGUUAUUCAGAAACUGGAUGGACCGUGUUGGGAGAAUGGUGAUGGCACGUGGAGGUAGUAGGUGUAACUGUCGUACAAGAAUCUGGUGUAAGCCAAGAAGUUCGGAUUGGUGGGAACGUGUGGUUAUGAAGGACUUUCAGCCAAAUGAUUGGCUGGAAAAUUUCAGAAUGUCUAAGGAAACAUUUUUCCACAUCUGUAAUAAGCUGAAGCCCAUGGUUUCUCGUCGCAAUACUCACCUUCGUCCCGCACUGCCCCUGGAGAAAAGAGUUGCAGUGGCAUUUUGGCGACUUGCUACUAAUGUCGAAUAUAGAACUAUUAGCCAUUUGUUUGGUAUAGGCAGAUCAACUGUUUGUAAAUGUGUAAGGGAAGUAUGUCAUGCCAUUGUGUCUCUCUUAAAGCCGCUGUAUCUUAGGAUGCCUUCUAAUCAAGAAUUUGAAAUGAUAGCUCAGAUGUUUGGUCGAAAGUGGGAUUUUCCCCAAUGUGUUGGUGCCAUUGAUAGUUGCCACAUACCCAUCAUUGCCCCUCCACAAUAUCACAAAGAUUACCUAAACAGAAAGGGAUGGCAUUCAGUUGUAUUACAAGGUGUAGUUGAUGGUACUGGGAAUUUCUGGGACGUCUGUACUGGAUUUUCUGGGAGUUCUCUUGAUACAAAAAUUCUAAGGAAUUCUGAUCUAUGGAGAAUGGCUACUGAAGGAAGGUUGUUCCCUGACUGCUCAAAAAAUAUUCUGAGAACACCAGUGAAAUACCUACUGAUAGGCAGCUCUUCAUAUCCACUACAGGAAUGGCUCCUGAAGCCAUAUUCAGAAACAGCAAAACUAUCACAGCAUCAACUUGUGUUUAACUGCAGGUUAAGCCAAGCUCACACUGUGAUAGAUGAUGCAUUUGGACGACUCAAAGCACGUUGGCAAUGUCUUCUUAAGAGGAAUGACUGUAGCCUUGAACUGAUUCCAACAAUGAUCACUGCCUGUUGCAUUCUUCACAAUAUCUGCGAAAAACAUAACGAUGGUUUUAAUAAUGACUGGCUGCGUGUUCUUGGGCAGGAGGAAUUCCCUCAGCCAAAUCAAACAAUGUCAGAUAGAACAGUUGAUAGGCAAGCUGAAGAAAUUCGUCAAGUAUUGUCUACUUACUUUAUGGGUCUAAAGGAAAGCUAAAUGUUAGCCUUUCAGUUUUAGGUUGUAAUAGUAGCAUUUAUGGAAACUGUAAAUAAUGUAUGAUAAUUUUUCGAUAGGAUUUUCAUCACUGACUAGGAAUGCCUUGAUAUUGUAUACUUAUAUGAUGUAGCAAUAAAACACUUAAUAUUA